AUGUCGAAGGCAUCCUUUAAAAUCACGCUGACUUCGGAUGUGCGGCUACUGUACAAAGUUUUCAGUACUCCUGAAAGUACACCUUUCACAGCAGUGCUGAAGUGUGCAGCUGAAGAAUUUAAAGUUCCUGCAGCUACAAGUGCUAUUAUUACUAAUGAUGGAAUAGGAGAAAAUCCUGCACAGACUGCUGAAAAUGUUUUUCUGAAGCAUGGCUCAGAGAUGCAAAUCAUUCCCAGAGACUGA